AUGGCAUCACCUAUGCUAGAGGAAGAAGCCCGCUAUGUCUCUAGCCCAUUAGCAAUGCUUACUGCUGCCUGUAAUAAGUUUGGUGGCUCAAGUCCUCUACGGGAUUCCGGGUCAUCCACAAAAUCAGGUGUCAAGAAGUCAUACAGUCCAAACCACGACUUCAGUGCCACUAAACUGAUGGGGGAUGGAUAUACGUCUACGUACCUGGGAGGAAGCGGUUUAAUGACGCCAUGUGGGACACCUCCUGCUCCUCCAAAUUAUGGAGGAGACUAUGGAACAUUCUCUCAUUCAUUCCCCUCAUCUUCCGGCUGCCAAGACCCCAAGGGUCUCUCGUCAUCUGAAUGUGUCCCAGGAGUGUAUGCCUCUUUAGAUGUGGGACAUUAUAGUUCAUGGUACAAAACUGGCAUACAUCACUCCUCGAUCUCUGGUUCACCUACCGGCGCUGGAGGAUCGUGGUGGGACAUGCAUCCAAACAAUAACUGGCUGAGCAACCAGUCGCAACCAGAGGGGCUGACUGCAUCUAUGCCACCAGUGACAAGUCCAGCAGGGAUGAGCACCCAGUAUAGUGCUGAAUACACCACUCUAACCCCUGCCACAUACCCGUCUGUGGGAUUUCCAUCCAUAUCGCCUUCAUCAAGCCCUUCACCGGCCUCUCACCUCCUCUCACCAUCUCAGCAUUCUUUGGGCCCAGACAUGUACAAGCCCAAGCUUCUGCCUAGCAGCUCCUUGCUGGAGUCACCGGGACCUCUGAAACCCCAAAGGGGAACAACAUAUGGGAGCACUGGCCGUCCAUCAUGCGACUGUCCAAAUUGCCAGGAGCUGGAGAGGCUUGGAGCUUCAGCUGCAAGCCUGAAGAGGAAGCCGGUGCACAGUUGCCACAUCCCUGGUUGCGGAAAGGUAUAUGGAAAGGCUUCACAUCUCAAGGCUCACCUUCGCUGGCACACAGGAGAGCGCCCUUUCGUUUGCAACUGGUUGUUCUGUGGCAAACGCUUUACACGCAGUGAUGAGCUUGAGCGCCACGUGCGCACCCACACACGUGAGAAGAAAUUCACUUGUCCCCUCUGUGCAAAAAGGUUCACACGCAGUGACCAUCUGAGCAAGCACCAGCGGAGCCACGUUGAACAGGCUGGGGUUAAGGAAAGUGGAGCUCAGGGGGAUGGUGGCGGAGGGGCCGCAGGAGAGGGACCAGGAGAUGGGGCAGGGGCUACUGAAAGUUCCCCUGCCGGAAGCAAUAGCCAGGAUAGGGCUUCUGCUAGUCCAGGGCAGGGUGGGCUGCUGGACAUUUGA